AUGAAAAUUUAAUUAGAUAAAGACACAUACAUUCUUUAGAAAAAAAUAGGUGAAGGCAAUUUUGCUACUGUUUAUGCUACUUAGCAUCAAAAUCUUGUAGCUAAAGUGUGCUAUAAAUCCAACCCAAAAGCAUUUAAAGCAUUUUAGAUAGAGAUGGAUAUAUUGAAUAAAGUUUAAGGAGAAGGGAUUGUUAAAUUAGAAAAGUCUGGUAUUACUUAAUUGUAAGGACAAACAAGUGGAGUUUUAAUUUUAGAAAAUUGUUCUAAAGGAAGUUUGAUUGAUUUAAUGGCAACAUAUGUAUAAUCUAAAAUAUUAUCAAGAUCAACAGAAGACCUCCUGAACAAUUAGUAUUAAUGAUUGCAAGAGAUAUUGUUAAAGGAAUAAUAUAAAUUCAUUAAGUAUUUUUUAAAUACAUUUUUAGAUUGGUUAUAUUCAUAGGGAUGUGAAAAUGGAGAAUGUACUUUUAAAUUCUUUAGGUUAUUUUAAACUCUGCGAUUUUGGUAGUGUUACUAAAACUAAGCACUUUAAAAUUGAUAAUAAUAAUAGAGAUACAAUUAAAGAUGAUAUCGAAGAAAAUACAACACCCUUCUACCGUGCACCAGAAUAUAUUGAUUUCUAUUCAAAUUAUCCUAUCACAGAAAGUGCUGAUAUAUUUGCUCUAGGUGUUUUAUUAUUUAUGUUUUGCUUUUAAAAACCUCCAUUUGAAAGUGGAUUAGCAGCAGUCAAUAAUCAUUAUUUCAUACCUGAUUCUCAUGAAUAUUCAUAAAAGUAAUCAAUAAUUACAUGAAUCUAGACUUAUCUAACUUAUUCAAUCUCUUUUUAAUGUUAAUCCAAAAAAUAGACCCACUGCAUAAGAUAUUUUCUAAAAAAUAUAAAAUAAUUGGUAAUUGCCCUAGAGAUUCAUAGAAACAACUAAUUAACCAAUCCCUGUUCCUAAUUUAAAUAAACAUUUUGCAUCUAUAGACAAUGUUUAUAUUGAAAAAAAAGCUGCUCCUCUUGGCUUUUUUGAUUAAGUCAAACGUUAUCUAUUUACAUUAAGUAAGAAAACAGAAGCAUGGGUCAUUUAAAGCACUAGUAAUGAUGAUAAUCCACCAAGAUUAGAAGAUAUAAGAUCUUUGGUUAUUAAGGCAUGGUUAAAAAGAGAAAAAAUACCAAAAUUUUAUUUGGCAAUCUAACAAAAAAUAUUAUUACCAUAACCUGAAAAUCAUAGAGUAAUAAUGAAAUUGUCCAUUCUUUUACAUUAAUAUAUCAAAAAAGGUCCACCUGAUGUUUUAUAAGAGUAAAAAUAAAAAAAUCUACCAAAUAUUUGGAGCAUUAUAAAAAUUUUAACUGAUUUAUAUAAACAAAGAAUAAAGAUGAAUCCUCAGAAUGAAGUAAAAGUUCUUGCUAAUUAUUUUACUAUCAUAAACAAAAAAUUAAUAAUAUGUUAUGCUAAUAAAAAACUAUUAGAAGGAAGUUAUUCAUUAUCUCCUCUCUUUUUAUCCUUAGAGAGAGGAGAAUUUUGGAAACCACUUGAAUCUAAAUUGAUAGAUGACUUAUUAAAAUAUUGGUCUGAUUGUUUAUAGUUUCUCUCAGAAAUAUUUUAACCAAAUCCAUUAUGGAGAAUUUAGACAUUAAUUAUCAUGUAAAUGGUAGAUGAAACAUAUUCAUUACUGUCUAUGUUACUUCAUUUAUGGAUUGCUGUAAAAGAAACUUUGAAUACUAGUGAAAAUUUAGAUACAAUUAAAUUAACAGAAUGGAUCUUAAAUGUUGAUUAAAGAUAUGAAGAAAAUUAUUACAAAACCAAAAAAUUAUUUGAAAAAUGCACAACUUUGUCUGAAUUUACAGAAAUUAAAAGAUUUAUGCCAAAUUUAUAACCUGAAGUUAUUAAUUAUCUCUAAUAAGUUGAAUAUUUUAAAGGAAAAACUAAAAUUGAGCUUAGUCCCUAAAGAUCUAUCUAUGGAAUUAAAAUGCCUUUAAGUUAUUAAGUUACGGUCUAAAAAUUAUAAUAAGUUCUUUUAUCUAUGACUGAUUUCGACAAAUCUUAAAAUUUAAUAUAGUCUAGCAAUGUUAAUCAUGACUUUUUUGCAGAUUUUGGAUUUUUACAUAAUUAAUAAUAAUCAUAACCCUAAUAAUAAGAAUAUGAUUAACCUUGGGUUGAUUUUUCAUCAACAUUUUAGUAAUAAUAAUAAUAAUAAUAAUAAUAAUAAUAAUAAUAAUAAUAAUAAUAAUAAUAAUAAUAAUAAUAAUAAUAAUAAAAUUUGUCUGAAUCAUAUUUUGAUAAUUAAUUUAUGUAAGAAGCUGGAAGAGAAUCAAUUCAAACUGAAAUUGAUUCUAAAUUGCUAUCAUAAAUUGUUUUUAAAAUAAAUUAUGAUAAAGGUUAAGAUAUUAAUAUUCAAGAUUCUUAAAAAAAUUAAUAAUUCUAGUAGGCCUAAUCUUAAAUUUUAGGUUUAAAAUAAUAAGAAAAAUCAAAAAUAAUUGAAGUAAAUGAUUUACUAGAUGUUCAUGAAAAUAUUGUUUCUUAGAAAAACAACAAUGAACCAUUUGAUUUAAUAAAUUAUGAUGACAAACCUUUUUAGUCAUAAUAAAAUGCUUUUUUCUUACCUACAGAUAUUAAUUUUUCCUAAUUUUCAAACUAAGAUUAAAAAUAAGGAAGUGAAAAGACUGAAAGCAUGAAUAUAUAACAUUAUUAAAACUAGAUUAUUUAGUAAUAAAUUCCUUUAUAAUAAUUUCACUAAUAAAAUGUUUAUCAACAGUAAAUACCAUAGAUGAAUCAAUAAAACUCUUAACAAUAAAAAAUGGUAAUUAAAGAUGAUAAUUAAGACCAUAUACCAAUGAGCUGCAAUAAUUAUCCAUCAUAACAAACAGAAAGGAAAUAACAGAUACCAAACGACUUAAUUUAAUCAAUAAACCCAACCAUAAACUUAACGCCAGUGAGAUAAAAAAUACAUUCAUUAAUUUUAGAGCAUGCAAACCAAAUAAUUGAUGGUCAAUUAGAUAUUAGUGAUUUUAUAAUUUAAUACAAUGAGUUAGUGUUUUAUGAGUAAAUAGCAUAAGGAGGAUCAGGAGUGGUGUAUCGUGGAAAAUACAAGAAUGAUAUAGUAGCAAUAAAGGAUAUAGAUAUAAAUGAAAAGGAUGAAUAAAAGAUGAAAGAAUAUAAGAGAGAAAUUGUGACCCUGGUGAAAGUAAGACACCAUCAAAAUUUAGUUUGUUUAGUAGGGAUUACUUUUAAUUAAAAUAAAUUGUAUAUAAUAACAGAGUUUUGUUCAGGGGGAUCACUUUUUGAUUUGAUACAUAGAAAUAGAGAGACGUGCAUUGACUAAUUAACAAAGUUGAAAUUAAGCUUAUUUAUAGCAGAAGGAAUGGCUUAUAUUCAUAAAUUAGGUUUUAUGCAUAGAGAUUUGAAAUCAUUAAAGUAAUAUAAAAUUUAUAUUAAUAGUAUAUUAUUAGAUUAGCCAUUUAGUGCUGACUCAAACAUAAAGAUCGCAGAUUUUGGUUUAGCUAGAACAGCAUUAGAAAAAACUGAGUGGAUGACAGCGGUUGUGGGAACAUUUGUAAAUUAAUGAUUAUAAAUUAGCAUUGGAUGGCUCCAGAGGUAUUUAGAGGAGAAAUGUAUACAAAUAAAGCUGAUGUAUAUUCUUAUGGAGUAUUUAUUUAUAUUAAUCUUAGAUUGUGUUAUAUGAAUUAUUUUCUAGAUAGAUUCCUUAUUUAAAUAUUGCAAAUCCUAUGCAAAUUAUGAAUGCUGUGACAGAAUAAAAUUAAAGACCUGAUCUCUCUUUUGAAUGUUAACAAGAGAUUAAAGCAUUAAUGGCUAAAUGUUGGCAUCCUAAUCCUGAUUAAAGACCAACAUUCGAAUAAAUUAUUAAUAGUUUACAAAGUUUAUGAAAGAAUUC